GAAAACUCACACCGGAAGCGGAAGAGAAACCGGAAGUGCAGAAAUGGAGGCUGCCGUGUUCAUUCUAUCACUCGUCGACUGUUGUGCUUUAAUAUUCCUCUCGGUUUAUUUCAUUAUCACCCUGUCUGAUCUGGAGUGCGACUACAUCAAUGCUCGAUCUUGCUGCUCCAAGUUAAACAAAUGGGUUCUCCCCGAGAUGAUCGGCCAGGCUCUGGCCACGGUCCUGAUGCUGGUGUCCAUGCACUGGUUCGUGUUCCUGCUCAACUUACCCGUGGCAUCAUGGAACGUUUACAGAUACGUGAAGGUCCCCAUGGGGAACAUGGGAGUGUAUGAUCCCACAGAGAUCCACAACAGAGGCCAGCUCAAGUCCCAUAUGAAGGAAGCCAUGAUCAAGCUGGGCUUCCACCUCCUCUGCUUCUUCAUCUACCUGUACAGCAUGAUCCUGGCGCUCAUCAACGACUGACCCGCAACCGUCUUCUGAACACAAACUGCCAAAUCAUAAACUGGCCUUUACAUUUUGAAAAACUUGAUGAACCCAGUCAGAAGCUAAAGCCCUCAUCACUCGUUCCCCCUGACCACGAGCUGUCACGUGACCUUCAGUCGUGUGUUUGUGUUUCCUGUUUCCUGCACUGACUGCUUCUCAGGGCUGAAGCAUCGAGACAAUCACACACACACACACACACACAUAUGCCCAUGUCACAUCCAAACCAAGAACAAAUAUUCACGUGAAGAUUAAGCCAGUUUUAGGAGCAUUGGUAUUAUUUUCAUGGCAAGUAUUAUUAAUGUAAUGUGUACGGUUGAGGUUUUUUUUUUUUUUUGAAUUACAACACUCCAUGCUUGUUCUGUUUUAAAAUAGAAUAUGUUAAACAGUACAACAGAUAUUACUGUAAUGCACAACUACAGUCUUACAUAUUUUCUCUCUUUAUUGCAAUGCGAGCAGGAAUUUUUUUUCUAAAUAAUCUUUUUGAUUGUGUGAUUUAUGACCUGGAUAUGAUAUUCUGUUCCACAUCCGUUUUAAAAGGAGUGUGUUUCGUUUUGUGAUUCAGCGGAACAUCAGCUUCCCGAUUUCAACAUGUCAGUGGCUUGUGAUUGUGUGGAUCUCAGUGCUUUUGUGCCUCCUGCUCUUCAGAUCCGUCAAGCUGAAACUGACGUUUAGAACCUUUACGAUUAUUUUUUACGCUAUUUUAAUGAAAAUUAGGAACAUUUCCACCCAGUAUUAUCAUCAUCAUCACUGCAUCUAAAUGAAUGUUUUCUAAAUUAUUCUAAUUACAGUAAUAAUUCUCAAAACUCAUGUAAUGCAUAUCGUAGUGUUUACGCUGCCUACUGAUUUC